GCGGCGGCCUCCCCGCACCCCAGAGGAUUUGGACAUCUUCUCCUGUGGAGAUAAAGUCGGUCCGACGUUGAGAUGUUUCUCUGACGAGAGGAGGCGGCGCCCUGUGUCCCCCCGCGGUGUUCUCACGGUGAACUGGCAAGGUACCCCGAGUCCUGCUGGGGGUCACCCCCCGCCCCCGGGUAUCGAGAAACCAAGGGGGGCGGAGGUUGCCUGGUGUGCGCCUUUCUGUGGGAGAAGGCAUCCGCGGUCCGGAGCCCGCUGGGCGGUGGAGAAGACUGGGCGCUAGUUCCUGAGCAUCUGAUGGAACCACACGCCUAGCGUCCUGUUCGCAGAUAUAAUGCAGGGUUAUUUACACUGCAGGAUAGAUAGCUCUUCAUCCAGGACCCAGAAGAAGGCCUUGCUCCCUUAUUUAUUUUUUUUUAAUAAGGAACUAAGAUAAAAAUGACUACAAGUUUAUUCAGCGGCAGUCGGUAUGGUGUGUCGCCUGUGUGUCUCCUGCUGUGGUAAGCACUGUGCUAUACCUAGGUGGCAGAGAGAGAUGGAAGAGGUCAGCCCUGGGGUUGGGGCCUACAGAAUAUUACACCAUGUGCUGCUGGGCUGUGAAGGGUCAGCAGUUUUGUGGAGGAGCUUUUACUCUGGGUAAAACCAGUGGAAGCCUAGAUGAUGAACUGGAUUCUUUUCAAGAUUUGAAAGAACCAGAAACAGAAGAAGAGUUCACCGGCAAUGACUCUAGAGUCAGUGCCUCCAAAAUAAACCAGCAGUCCUUUAGAGAGACAGACAAAGCCGAUGCCUGGCCAGCUAAUGUGGCCUCACGUUCAAGGAGCUGGGCUGACUAUUGUAGUGAUGGCAGCGACUCCCCUCCCAAGCAUGUUGGCUCCCCUGCGUCCAGGGCCCCACGGAAGCCAGGCCUGCUGCCCCGUCAGGUCAGCAAGAUCUAUGACGAGCUGCUCCAGAUUCACCAGAAGCUGCAGUGUGAGACUGCAGCCCAGCAGGAAUUCGCUGAGGAACUUCAGAAGCGAGAAUGUUUUCUGGUCGAGAGGGAAGAGCUGCUCUUCAGACAUGAAGGUGCCUUGAGUGAGGUGAAAGACGUCAGAGAAGAGGUCCUCAUGAGGUUCCAGAUCAUGAAGGAGCAACAUGAUGCAGAAGUUGGGCACUUAACUGAAGUUCUUAAAGAGAGAAAUAAGGAAAGCAAAAGGCUAAGGUCUUCCUUUGAUGCAUUGAAAGGAUUGAAUGAUAGCUUAAAGAAACAGUUGAAUGAAGUGAGUGAAGAAAACAGGAAGUUGGAGGUUCAGGCCAAAAGAGUUCAAGCUCGCUUAGACAAUUUACAGAGGAAGUACGAGUUCAUGACAAUACAGAGACUGAAAGGCAAUCCCCAGGCCACUCAUGAAGCAAAAAGUUUAAAGCAGGAAAAAGUACCAGCUUCAAAACCUUGUAAGGUAUCACUUAAUGGACAAGUUUAUGAACUUUUAACUGUCUUCAUGGACUGGAUUUCAGAUCAGCACCUUAGCAAAUUGAAAAAUGAAGAAUCUGGAAUGGAUGGUGAAAAGCCACUACCCACAUUUGCUUCUCAGAGAACUGAUAUUCAGGAGAAGUGUGUGAAGCUUUUGCCUCUGAUGACAGAGCAGCUGCAGUGGUUGCCCUUUGUGAAUGCCAGGCUUCACGAGCCUUACGUGAAGUUUAUCUACUGGUCUCUAAGGCAGCUCGAUGCCGGGACUCAGCACUCGACCAUGACAACCACACUGAGGAGGUUGGGUGAAGACAUAUUCAGAGGAGUGGUGACGAAGGGUGUUCAGGACGCAGCCUUAGAGCACUCAGUGGAGAGUCGACCAAGGACAGCUGCCUUCUUCAAGAGCACCAGCUUGCCCCUGAGAUUCGUGUCCACUUUAAUUGUCCUCAAAACAGUCACUCAAGCUGACUUCCUGGCGCAGGCAUUUGACUCGCUAUGUCUGGACCUGCAGGCGGACGAGGGGAAGAGCCUGUUCCUGCAGCUGCAGGCGGUGCCGGUGGUGCUGAGCCACCUGAAGCUGUCCAGCCGGGGGCUGCUGCCCAGCGUGAUGGACAGCCUGCUGCAGAUGACCGUGGAAUCCAGUGCCCUGCAGCCCUUUCUGGAGGCCUGCAGCUGCUCGCUCUUCUUCCGGACCUGCUCUGUGCUGCUCCGGGCCCCGAAGCUCGACAUCCACGUCCUAGAGAAGCUCAGUAUCAUCCUGCAGAAACUUUCCAAAAUCAAGAGUAAUAAGAAGCUCUUUGAACUCUUCACAAUCCACCUGAUGCUUCAGGAGAUACAGAGGACGACGCACCCGGAGCAUGCCUUUCUGUGCAUCAACCUCAACUCCACUUUGUUCAAUUUGGGUCUAACGAAGUGCAACUCCCUGGCCGCCAGCACAAACCCUUAGACUGGUCGUUACUAUUUACAGAUACUGCGUGCAUGCUGCUGCUUGUCAGAUUGUAAAAAUCAGCAAACUAACUAAAAGUCUACUGAGUAAAGUUACGUAUGAGUAGCAUCAUUUAUCAUGAAAAAUGGGAAAAAAAUUUUUUUUAAUUUAAUUUUUUUUUUUUUUUAAGUUUUUUAAAACUUAAAAUGAAACCCAUGGAAGCUGCAGCAAGUUUGGACUUUUUCCAUUUGGCUCAGGUGGUACUCAUGUACACAAUGGAACUUUCAGGGCAAAUGACACUGGGGCUACUCUUUGUAAAAUUGUUUUGGGAAAAUUCCUAAAAUUAUGUGAUUAUUUGGAAUAAAAUUGGUGUUUGUGUGGGAGUACA